GUGUGUUUUCUUUCCUGCUGAGAUUGGCUCCUCUCUAUAAAUCAAGAUACUUUGCAAUACGUUUGUUGAUUAUCUUGCCAGUGGGGAAACUGAUGCCAGCUUCCCGUCAUGUCGGCUACAAUGACCACCAUUGUCCAUGACACUACAGAGGCCGUGUGCUUCUCCUCCGAGUACAACCUGUACCUCAAGCCCAUUGCCAAAAUGAGCAUCAGUGUGGCUCUGCCGCAGCUCAAGCUACCAGGCAAGAGCAUCUCAAACUGGGAGGUAAUGGAGAGGAUAAAGGCCAUGGUGGCUCCAGAUCAGUUUUCAGCCCUGCGGAUUUCCAAGAGCACCAUGGACUUCAUCCGGUUUGAGGGCGAGGUGGAGAACAAGACGGUGGUCAAAAGCCUGCUGGCUCGUCUGGAUGGGAAGACCAUCAAACUUAGUGGAUUUACUGAUGUACUGAAGGUUCGUGCAAUAGAGAACAAAGUGGACUUCCCUACGCGUCACGACUGGGACUCCUUCUUCCGCGACGCCAAGGAUAUGAAUGAGACUCUGCCAGGAGAGAGGCCGGACACCAUCCACCUAGAGGGAAUCCCUUGCCGCUGGUUCAGCCAGAAGGACAGCCCGUACCCAGACCGGCCCUCUGAAGAUGUCCUAAUUGCUGUCUUUGAGAAAUUUGGCAAGGUGCGAAAUGUUGACAUCCCCAUGCUGGACCCAUACCGGGAGGAGAUGCUGGACAAGAACUUCAACACAUUCAGUUUCGGGGGUCAUCUGAACUUUGAGGCUUAUGUCCAGUUCCAGGAGUACUGCGGCUUCACCAAGGCGAUGGACACCCUGCGCAGCAUGAAGCUGAUGCUGAAAGGAGACGAUGGAAAGGCAGUGGCCUGCAACAUCAAGGUGGCCUUUGACACCAGUAAGCACCUGAGUGAGUUGGCCCUGAAGAGGAGAACCCUGGAGAGGCUGAAGUUACAGGAGCUGGAGAGGAAGAGAGAGGAGCAGAAACGACGGGAGAAGGAAGAAGAGGAGCGACAUAAGGAGGAGGAGAGGAAACAGAAGGAGCAGGAAGAGGAGGAGAAGGAGAGGAGGAAGGAGGAGAGGUUACGAAAGCGAGAGCAGAAGCUGCGGGAGAGAGAGGAGAGGAGGAACCUGAAGAAAGUGAGGCGCCAGCAGGAAGAGGAGCAGAAGAAGCUGCAGAUGAAGAUCGCCAUGGAGGAGAGGAGGCUGCUGCUGGCUCAGCGCAAUCUGGAGUCCAUUCGUCUCAUUGCUGAGCUUCUGGCCAGGGCCAAGGACCUGAAGCAGCAGCAGCAAGAGAAACAGAGGGCUGAACGGGAGGAGCUGGAGAGGCAGGAGCAGGCUCGACAAAAGGAGGAACUAGCUCGUCUUCAGAAACUGGAGUCCUGCCGACGCAAGCAGGAGGAGGAGCUCCGGAGGGUGGAGGUGGAGAAGGAGCGGGCACUGGAGCUCCAGCGGCGCGAGAGGGAACUCAGGGAGAAACUGCUUUGCAACCUCAUAAAGAAUAGCAGCGGCAAAGCCACAAAACCUCCAGGACCACAGGACCAGGAUGGCCCCGUAACGAGUGAGGAGGCCUCUGAUCCUCGUGGCAAUGAUGUAAUGUUGGGGGUCCUGGGCCGGAUGUACGGAGUGAAGGCAAUAGACGGCGAGCAGAAACAGGUGUCCAAAACCAGUGUGCAUUCACAAGUUUUGGGCAAAAAACGAACGCCAGAGAAAAGGAAAGUAGCGGAGGACAGGAAGAAAGAACGGGAAGGAAGAAGGGAAAAGGAGGCGAGGAGUGGGCAGAGUAGGGAGCAGGCAAGGGACUGUGACCGCUCCCACAGAGAGAGGGGCUCCCAAAGCCGAGGGAGCAGGAGGCGCUCUCACAGCAACAGCAGGAGGAAAAGGAGCUCCGGCCAACGGAGGAGGAGCUCCAGUCGUCCCAGGAGGAGCCUCAGUCACCGCGGCAGCAGGAGGUGCAGCCACAGCAAUUACAGCAGGAGCACGAGCUCCAGCCGAGAGAGGAGCCGGAGCAGCAGUGGGAGAAGCUACAGCAGAGAGAGGAGCAGCAGGCGUAGUCACCGUAGAUACAGCAGAGGCAGCUCUAGGACCAGCAACAAAAGUAGAGACAGGAGGAGUCACAGCCAUUACAGGUACAAGAGACACAGCAACAGUAGAGCCAGGAGCGACUCCAGACGAUGCUAGUGAUCAGUUUAUUGAUUUAUGCAUUCCCCUUUGUUGGGCUAACACCUAAAGUUCAAAAAGUUUUAAAAGUGGAAUAGACAUUUUGCCCCUUUAAGUAAGUAAUGUAACCGUGCACAGAAUGGCUUUCUCCAGAAUAAGGCAGCAUGACACAAAACCAAAAAUUUGGAUACGAAAAAAAAAAAUCCCAUAUAAAAGUAGAAUCAACUAACAAUAUAUAUACAUAUAAGUGUAAUCUGUAUUUGUAAGGCAUGAAAAUCAUAUCAGAUGAUUCUAGGGAGUUGCUUUUACCCUUUUCCCCCACAUUUCAUACUCUUGUAUUGAAGCUGCUGACUUUUUAAAUCUUCAGUGUGUUUAACAUUUAACAACUUUAUGGCAUAAAAAGUAUGUGCAAAAGACAUUGCAUCAACAUUUGCACUCAAGUACACUAAAACUAACAUGAAUAGACAUAUCAGGGCAUUCAAAUUAGAUGAAUUACAUGGGAUGUUGAGAAAAGUAACUGGCUGAUAAUUGUUUGAAUUAAAGGCUAAUAUAAUAGGCUUAUUAUAUUUGUAGAUCGACAGACCAGUCCGACCCUACUGUGAACCCAACAGCCUGUUGAUCUACUCCAUUUUCUGCAAGCAAGUUGUCUUUGUGCAUGAAUAACAGUGAGUUGUGGAAAGUACAAAUGGUGUUUGUUAUUUUGAUGUGGCACCUUCAUCCAUCCUUGUAGCCUGACUACAGAACAUACAACACAGCGUUGUGUACUGACAUGUAAUCAGCUUUUAAGUUUCACACACUUUCACACACACUGGCUGCCAUAGUCAUGUUAGACAUAUAAGUGGGCUAAAGGCUGCUGUUCCAUUUAUAAAUGUGAAAUUUCCACACACCAUGAUUUUAGAGUUCUCUUUUAACUGCCUGAAAUAUUUCUUGAGAUACUGCUUUAGUAUUGGCUGUGUUGCUGAUAAGCAGCUCAGAAAAACAAACGAUUGAAUGCUACAACAGAUUCGUCGUCCAGCUCCACCAAGCAGCACCAUUUUUAAUGAUCACAAAAACUCAUUUAUGUUAGUUUUUUUUUUUUUUUAAAUGUUGUGAAGAAGUUUGUUAAUAAAGGAAAAGUGGGUUUUUUUGAGGGGGUGAGUUGUGUGAAAACUUAAGAGUAAUGAAAUACAUAUUGGAUCUGACUCAUCAAGCAGCGUUCUUUCCUCUGUUAUGUGCAAGUCUUGAAUUGAAGUGACUGCUUUGAGACCUGCCCAAUUUCUUCAAGACUUUUUUUUCCAAGUCUGGAUCAAAGUUUAAUUAUUGUUUUAGAAAAAAAGCUUCUGGGACUCAAGUCAAACCAGGACUGUACCAAUUAAAAAAUUAGAUGUUAGGAUUCUUUCAUGUUCACAAUGCUGGAUGUAUUGCUAUGGUCUUACUAAUAGCUGUACAGACUGGUCCUCUUUUUUUUUUUUUUUUUUUUUUUUUUGUAUUUCAGCUUUUGGGAAGUUAAUCAAGUUCAACAGUUUUGCUGACACGGCUAAAUUGACAUUGUUACAUUUCAUGGCAAAGCCCAUUUGUUUUGUGUACCGUAUGCUUAUGAUCUCUGAGAGCAUGUCUUAAAUGCACAUUAAAAUAAA